AUGAAAUCCCGUAACAAGAAGAUGUUCAAAGUCGGACCAAUGGGGUCGAAACUUUAUUAUAAUACAUAUUGGAAUUGGAACGAGAAGGGAGGCAACAUGAUCUCUAGUAUAUAUCUUGCCUUGGGCAAAGACGCCAUAUAUAGUAUUCAGUUUAGGUAUUUUCAGAACGGAGGUCAUGUCAUGUCUAAAAAGUACGGUUCGUCCGAGAAAGGUGAAUCCCACGAAAUAGUGAGACUAAAUUCCGAUGAGUAUGUGACCGGGUUGAGUGCAAUUGAUUGCAUUGGGAUAACGUCUUUGAUUAUUCACACUAAUCAGGGGAAACACGGGCCGUAUUGUGAUAGAUUUUCAUCAUCGAUGUAUAUGAAAGAGGAAUAUGAGACGAAAAUUGAUGUGGGGAUUUAUGAUCCUCGUGAGUUUGGUGGUUUCUUUGGGUCUUUUGAUGACUCUGGCAAGCUGACUUCCAUCGGCAUGUAUGUGUGUCCCAUUACAAGGUUCAAUGACGCACCCCUCGGAAGCAACUACAAAGUCACCGAAGUCACCGAUGAUGAUGACGACGACCAACCCACUCUCUACCAAUCAUAUGAUGAUCCUUUAGCCACAGUCAACCAUAAUGGGACGCGUGAAUAUCAGAUGCCUCAUGAUCAUGUCAAGGCCAUCGCUCAUAAGCCCAAGUACGAAGACAAGAUGAGUCUCUACCAAUCAUCUGAUCGUCUAGCCAGAAGCACUAACAAUCGGACACUUGAGUAUCAAAUGCCUCAUGAGUUCUCCGAUGGUUAUCAUGUCAAGCCCUUUGGUCGUACGCCUAAACUCAAAGAUGGAAUAUUCUCCAAGUUGGGGCGCCUUUUCAUUUGUGCAUGA